UCCUCUGUGGGAUUUUGCAAACAAAUGAGAGGCGUCCAGGUGUAGGUUUACAUCCCACAGACCAAUCACUUCAUCACUCACCAGAGGUCCGGCUAUAUAUAUACAGCUGCUCACAAACCCGUCCAUCACACUGUACCUGCCUCAGGUGAAAGAACAACCCCCAUUAACAUCGGUAAAACUUUAAUCCGCAACAUGUCAGCAAUCAGGAAUACUCUGGGUUCCAGAAAUUUCUCCAGCUCAAGUUUAACUGGCAGAUUGGGUCAAAGGGGCAACACGUUCGGGGCCUUUUCCCCAGCCACUUUAGGUAACUUGGCCAACAAUUUACGCCCGUACGUACAGGUUAACAGUAACAUGUUUGCCCCAGCGGAUGAUAAGGAAACCAUGAAGGGUCUGAAUGAUCGGUUGGCUGGGUAUCUGUCAAAAGUGCGACUUCUGGAGGAGUCCAACUCUCAGCUGGAGGAGCAAAUCAAAGAGGCUUUGAUGAGAAAAGAAGCAGAGAGCGGCAGAGACUGGAGCGCAUACGAGAAGACCAUUGCGGAUCUGAGAGAUCAGAUCCAGGAAAUGGCCAUGGAUAAUGCCAGACUCUUUCUUCAGAUAGACAAUGCACGUCUGGCUGCGGAUGAUUUCAAAGUCAAGUUUGAGUCAGAGCAAGCCAUGCGACAAGGGGUGGAGCAGGAUCUUGCACGUCUACGCAAAAUGCUGGACGACACUUAUAUGGGACGUAUGCAAUUGGAGAGCCAGAUCGAGUCUUUGAGGGAAGAACUGGCCUUCCUUAAGAAGAGUCAUGAUGAGGAUGUUGCCAACCUGAGAAACCAGAUCAAUGAAUGCCAAGUAAAUGUGCAAAUGGACUCUAAAAAAAGUGAAGACCUCAACGACACCAUUAACAACAUCCGCGCGCAGUAUGAGCGAGCCGUGCAGAAGAGUCGUGAAGACACCGAAGCCUGGUAUCAAAGCAAGUUUGACAACAUCACUGCUGAAGUGACUCAGAACACAGAAGCUCUGCAGGCUGCGAAAACAGAGCUAAAUGAACUGCGCAGACAGAAACAGUCACUAGAAAUCGAUCUGCAGGCUCUGCACAACAUGAUAAGAUCCCUUGAAGAUACACUGCGUGACACGGAAGCACGCUAUGGUCAGGAGGUCAAUGGACACAAUGCUCGAAUCAUGCAACUGGAGGGAGAGCUGGGGCAGGUGCGCGCUCAGGUGGAGCGUCAGCGGGCUGACUACGAGGCCUUGCUGAACCUCAAAAUGAAACUGGAAGCGGAGAUCUCCACCUAUCACCAGCUCCUGGAAGGUGUUGGUGAGGACAAGGGAAAUGAUAACAGAGUGGCAUUUUCAUUAGAGCAAGCGCUGAGCGCAGGGCCUCCUAAUGGCUCUUAAGAAAGCCACCAUGAGCCAAGAAAUAGUGGACGGAGGGGUUGUCUCCCAGCACGAAUUUGAGCAAAAUCCUAUUAAUCAUUACAACCAGGAGAGGGAAGAGGAAGAGAGGGAUGAAAAGGCACCUGCUGAGCAGGAGAGGAAGUUGCUCAGGAUGCCCUGGAGCAGAAUGAAUAACUUUCUACAGGACCGCCCAGCAUUUCUACAACUAUUAUUACAGCCUCAAGGGUUCUUUAAUUCUUGUUUUUCUUCACUUUCUUCUUUCUGCCAAUUUUUUCUUUAUAAAAACCAUUAAAAUCCAUUUGA